AACUAUUGAUGUUAGUAUAAGUUCACCCUUCUCCGUACUCAGUUCGCAUCGGGGUUCUGUAUUGUGUACGCAGCAAUAAUCUACACAAUUUCUUCAACUUUAAGUGUUGUUAGGGUGUGUUUUAAAAGCUGGUGUCAAGACCGGUCGUCAUGUUUCCCACAGAUUCGGAUUUAGUUUAUGGAGCAUCGGGCGAUGGACAAAACUUUGACUACCUCACUGGUACGGCCGGCAUUCUAGCAGUGGCCGGAAUCGGAGUGGCCGUGGCGACAGCCUACAAUUGGAUCGGCAAACCCAAUCCAGCGAAAAUACCUUUCGAUUUGGAUAAUCAAACAAUUAUUGUGGGACCUGAUUUUAUUCACUACUCGCAUUUGUCCAAAGAAGGUGGUGAAAUAAAAUUGCUGCGCUAUCUCUACGAAGACACUCGUACUCUAUAUGAUGUCUUCCGGCGUGGAGAGCGAGUCUCAAAUAAUGGGCCUUGCUUGGGAUGGAGGGUGGAUCCAACAAAACCGUACCAGUGGAUGAGCUACAAAGAGAGCUUAUUGCGUGCUCAGAAUUUUGGCUCGGGUCUAGUUGCUCUUGGCCUCCAUCCGGGACCCGGCACUCUCGUAGGGAUUUAUAGUCAAAACUGCCCAGAAUGGAUCUUAGGCGAAUAUGCUCUUUACACCUACUCCAUGGCUAUUGUGCCACUGUACGACACUCUUGGACCCGAUUCCUGUCGCUUCAUAAUCAACCAAACUGAGAUCUCGGUGGUCAUCUGUGAAAAUGAUGAAAAAUGCAAGUCGUUGCUUAACAAUCCGCCUGCUUGCCUCAAGCAACUUAUUCAUAUUAAACCCAUUUCCAAAGAGACUGUGGAAUUGGCGAAACGUCUAAACAUCAAUACGUUAAGCUUCGAGCUUGUCGAAAAGUUCGGCGUGGAGAGAAAAUAUAAUCCUGUGCCUCCAAGACCCGAAGAUAUGUGCACCAUUUGUUACACAUCCGGAACAACCGGCAACCCAAAGGGAGUCGUACUGACCCAUGAAAAUGUCGUAGCGAAUGCAAGUGGCGUACUUUUGCAACUGGGCGACGAGAAACCCAAUAGCUCGGAUGUGAUGAUAUCCUUCCUUCCUUUGGCGCAUAUGCUGGAACGUAUUUCCCAUGUCGGUGUCUACAUGGGAGGAGGUGCUAUAGGAUUCUAUAGCGGAAACAUCGCAAAUUUUAUGGAUGACAUGAAGGCUCUGAAACCAACAAUCACGCCAGCCGUCCCGCGACUAUUUAAUCGCAUCUUCGACAAGGUUCAAAGUGGAUUGAGCAAUUCGGCUCUUAAACGCUUCCUAUUCAAAGCAGCCCUUAGUUCCAAGGAGAACGAACGACGACAUGGUAUCGUUCGGAAUAACACUAUCUGGGACAAACUUGUUUUAAGUAAAGUUCAAGAUAGCAUGGGUGGGCGAAUCAGAUUAAUCAUUGUCGGUUCAGCACCUCUGGCUGGAACUGUUUUGAAUUUCAUGCGCUGUGCCCUGGGCUGCGUCAUCGUUGAAAGCUACGGGCUUACCGAAUGUGCUGCCCCAACAACUCUCACCGUUCACGGCGAUUAUACUACAGAACAUGUUGGAACGCCGCUUGCUUGCUGCGCUAUUAAACUCGUUGACGUGCCAGAAAUGAAUUACUAUGCUGCAAAUGGCCGUGGUGAAAUUUGUAUUAAGGGCACCAACGUCUUCAAAGGUUAUUUCAAGGAUCCUGAGAAAACCAGGGAGGCAUUGGAUGACGACGGCUGGUUUCAUACUGGCGACAUUGGCACCUUUUUAGAUAACGGAACGUUGAAGAUCAUCGAUCGUAAAAAGAACAUCUUUAAACUGUCGCAAGGCGAAUACAUUGCGCCCGAGAAAAUCGAGAGUAUUUACGUCAAAAGUCAAUAUGUCGCACAAGUAUUUGUUUACGGUGAAAGCAUUAAGUCGUGCACCGUCGGAGUUAUCGUACCCGAUGUGGAAAAUGUCAAACGCUACGCAGAUGAACGCGGAAUACUGGGUACUCAUUCAGUUCUUUGCAACAUGCCCGAAAUCAAGCAGCUUAUAUUGAACGACAUCACUGACUUGGGGAAAAAAGCCGGUCUCAAAUCCUUUGAACAGGUCAAAGACAUCUAUCUACACCCAGAAGCCUUUUCAGUGCAGAACGGUCUAUUGACGCCGACCCUAAAAUCGAAACGCCCGGAACUUCGUAACUUCUUUAGACCUCAACUUGAAUAUGUUUACCGCAAGUUGAACUAGAAACACAAACACGAGCUGUCACGGACUUGAGACUCGCUACACGGUCAGACAUUUCGUUAUCCGUUAGGGCGUUUUGUUGUUAGAAAUUUUCUUCUAUGAAUGACCCGAUAAUGUUGCUCACCCUUUACUAAAAAGUCUGUACUUUACAAACUUAUCUUACUCUGUAGAACCUAGUUUUCAAGUCGCUUUAAAUUUUGCCACUAAAAUUCCUCUGUUUGGAUAUCUUUUCUUAAAAUCUGCUAUAGCAGCAGAAGAUGUGAUUUUUUUUAAACCAUUCCAUUGCCUCUGUAUUAUUCAAACUUCCUUAGUGUGUAUAUCAAAUCGACAAGUACAGCAGACUUCGGAUGCCA